UGCGCUUGCACUAACUCUCACACAAUAUCACACCAAUACACAUCCUCUUAUAUCACCCCAAAUCUCUCCCUUUCCUUCCAUAUCUCUAACCAGAUCAAACAAAAAAGAGAUAUACAGUACUGCUUACGAGCAUGUACUCUGCUGGUGACCAGAUGAUGUUUCAAUGCCCUCCUAGGCCAUUGCCAAUGGAGAGAAAAUGGAAAUCCAAAAUCGAAGUUGCUCCAAAUUGCCCUCGUUGUGCUUCUCCGAACACGAAAUUCUGCUACUACAACAACUACAGCUUGUCACAGCCUAGGUAUUUUUGUAAGGGUUGUAGAAGGUAUUGGACUAAAGGAGGGUCGCUAAGAAAUGUUCCUGUAGGUGGUGGUUGUCGCAAGUAUCGCAGAGCGAGGUCCUCUAAGAUCUUGCAGAAUGAACGUGCUGCUGUUUCGCUUGAUUAUAGUAGGGCUAAUGAGACAUUAGCUUGUUCCUCGAAUAAAGACUCAGUGGCUCAACAAGAUGGAGCCAACGGCUCCGAUAUUGAUCUAGCUGCUGUUUUCUCUAAGUUCUUGAAUCAAGACUUGAGUUAUGGGCCCGAGUUUAUUGGUGAAGAAUUGCGUGAUGAGGGCAGUGAGUUGGUUAAUAUAUCGAAUUCUUCAACCCCAAUAUCAGACAGCUACCAAAAUGAUCCGAUGAUGGAAAGCCUGAAGCGAUCUGAUCUGGCCCAAGAAUCCAAUUUACUUGAAGGGAGAUCUCAGGUGCUUGUAGGAGAGAAGCAACAAUUUGAAGAGGAGAGAUUUCAAGAACUCAUGGAAAGUCAAGACAUGAAUGCAUUUGGGUUGCAAAAUUUACUGAUCGAUGAAAUUGUGCAAGAUGCUUUGUGGUCAGAUGAUGCAACCUUGCCUAAUGUUCCUAAUUGGCAACCCAUGGUACAAUUGCAAGAUUUUGAUUCAUUUUCAGUGGAUGAUCGUCUAAAGAUUUCAGCCAAUUUUACCAGCGACAAUAAUUGGAGUUCUUUUGAUCUCUCGGGGUUUGAGGUUUAUCCAAGACCUUGAUACAUACUUUACUAUAUAUUAACCUUUUUCGAUUUUGUAUUUUAUGAUCUUGUUCUUCUUUACAGAAGCAAGAUUUACUGUUAAAUACCCAUGAAAAUGAAAGAUUAUGGCAUGUGAGAAUGAAAUGAAAAGAUAUUAGAGAUAUUUACUUUG